GCCCCACCCACCACAAUGGCGCUCGCCACCAACACCGCCACCACCGCCGCCGCGCUCUCCGGCGGCGCGGCGCAGCCCCGCCGCGCGGGCUUCCUCCCGCUCAAGCGCCGCACCAUCUCCGCGUUGCACGCCGCCGACCCGUCCCGCAACACCUCCGUCCCCGCGGCCGCCAAGACCUCCUCCCCGACCCUCGCCCCCGAGGCCCCGGCCGCCCCGGCCGCCCCGGCCGCCGCCUGGGCCGUCGACAGCUGGAAGUCCCGCAAGGCGCUGCAGCUGCCCGAGUACCCGGACCAGGCGGCGCUCGACGCCGUGCUGCACACCGUCGAGACCUUCCCGCCCAUCGUCUUCGCCGGCGAGGCGCGCCACCUCGAGGACCGCCUCGCCGAGGCCGCCAUGGGCCGCGCCUUCGUGCUCCAGGGCGGCGACUGCGCCGAGAGCUUCAAGGAGUUCAACGCCAACAACAUCCGCGACACCUUCCGCGUCCUCCUCCAGAUGGGCGCCGUACUCAUGUUCGGCGGACAGGUCCCCGUCGUCAAGGUGGGCAGGAUGGCCGGCCAGUUCGCCAAGCCCAGGUCCGGCAACUUCGAGGAGAAGGACGGGGUCAAGCUGCCCAGCUACAGGGGCGACAACAUCAACGGCGACGCCUUCGACGUCAAGAGCCGCACCCCGGACCCCGAGAGGAUGAUCAGGGCCUACGCGCAGUCGGUCGCCACCCUCAACUUGCUCCGCGCCUUCGCCACCGGAGGAUACGCCGCGAUGCAGCGGGUCAUCCAGUGGAACCUCGAUUUCAUGGACCACAACGAGCAGGGAGACAGGUACCGCGAGUUGGCACAUAGGGUGGACGAGGCUCUUGGCUUCAUGACUGCAGCUGGGCUGGGGAUAGACCAUCCGAUAAUGACGACUACCGACUUCUGGACAUCCCACGAGUGUCUCCUCUUGCCCUAUGAGCAGGCUCUUACCCGUGAGGAUUCCACAAGUGGCCUUUUCUAUGACUGCUCAGCUCACAUGCUGUGGGUUGGUGAGCGCACUCGUCAACUCGAUGGGGCUCAUGUUGAAUUCCUCCGUGGUAUUGCCAACCCCCUUGGCAUAAAGGUGAGCGACAAAAUGGACCCCGCUGAAUUGGUGAAGCUGAUUGACAUUUUGAACCCAUCAAACAAGCCGGGAAGGAUCACCAUAAUUACAAGGAUGGGAGCUGAGAACAUGAGGGUGAAGUUGCCUCAUCUCAUCCGCGCUGUCCGCAAUUCUGGACAGAUUGUUACAUGGAUUACUGAUCCCAUGCACGGAAACACAAUCAAGGCCCCAUGUGGUCUUAAGACUCGUCCAUUCGACUCCAUUAUGAACGAGGUACGAGCAUUCUUCGACGUGCACGAUCAAGAAGGAAGCCACCCAGGAGGUAUCCACCUUGAAAUGACUGGACAGAACGUAACCGAGUGCAUCGGUGGAUCACGGACUGUGACCUUCGACGACCUGGGUGACCGCUACCACACCCACUGUGACCCAAGGCUGAACGCCUCCCAAUCUCUGGAGCUUGCCUUCAUCAUAGCUGAGAGACUCAGGAAGAGGAGGAUGCAAUCAGGGCUCACAAACAACCUGCCACUGCCUCCACUGGCCUUCUAAACCCUAAGCUGGGGAGUAGCAGGGAGGAGGGGUUAGAUAGUUUCAAUUUGCAACCGGUGGCCGAUGCGCAUUCAAUUGAGUUUGUAUGGUGGGUGCUCUUUUGCACAAGCUGUAAGAUUAUGAGAUAUUUGUACUUGUCGAGUACAGUAGCAUACUCGUGGUACUAUACUAUGUUUUGCUUUUUUUGUUCUAUUUUUGAAUGUUUGUUCUGCUUUAGCUUUUGGUGACUGGAGAUAAUAAAGAUGACUGCCCUUGGUGAAUA